ACAUCACACACAUGGAAACACACUGAUGGCCCCGCAGCGGCGAGCGCUGCCUGGCGCAAGGAUGGGGCUGGCAGCACACGCGGCUGAGGGAGGCGGGUGUGCGGGCAGGGGGAAGGAUGCUUGCCACCAAAAAGAGCUCUCAGCCGGCCACGUGCAAGCCCGGAGAAGGGUGAGUGCCCGCAGGCUCCAGCCCCUCGGGCUGACAUCAGCAAGCCAAUGGAUCCGAUGCGGAGGGUGGUGUGAAUUCUCGCCCCGUGCGAGCUGCCUGUCUGACACAGCAGCUCUGUGCUGGCUGCCGGAGCAAUGAGCCAUCGCUGCAAGGACAUGCAGCCCCGGCCGUCACCCCAGGAAGGUCUCCCAUCCACUCUUUCCUGUCUCUCUGCUCCAGCAGCUGACUUCUGGGGGAGUUGGUGUGCUUGCAGCGGUCCCUGGGCCGUGAGGGGAUGGCCCUGGGUGGCAGUGGCAGCUCGCUGACCUGAAAUACAGCGUGUGCCAUGCGUGGGACUCGCUGCCUUCACCCACCUCCCAAUGAGCCUUUAAAGAGACAGCGGGGAGCUCAGCGAGCCUGGGGGGCUGCCCCAGUGCCCUACGCACCCCCCGUCCCGAGAAAGAAGAUGGAGCUGGAUCGCAUGGAGGGCGACUGCGAGGGCCCAGGCGCAUCGUUUGCCUGGCGCAGGUCGGCACCGCUGCUGGGGCCCCACUCGGCCUGAACGCCCACGGCACGGGACAGCACGCUGCACUCCACAUAGCUCUGGGGCUCAGCCCCCCCCCCGAGGGCAGCACUCGCCACUUGGGCAGCAUUGCAAAGAGCUGGGGUAGGCCGGGGCUGGGUGAAGCCCAUACCCCCACCGCGGCUCCCACCAGCCGUCCCACAGGUUCUCCCGGCUGCUAAGGGUGCUUCCAGCAGGUGGAACCAGCUCCCGCUCUGCUGAUCAUGGUCAACAAGACCUUAAAUUACUGGGGUCCCAGUUUUGAGGAGGACGUUAUCAACAUCAACGUGGGGGGUCUGAGAAGGCGGCUCAGCUCCAGUGCCCUCUCCAAGUUCCCCGACACCCGCCUGGGACGCCUGCUCUCCUGCGACUCAGAGGAGUCCAUCCUGCAGCUCUGCGAUGACUACGACGUGAGCGCCAGGGAGUUCUACUUUGACCGAAACCCCGGCUUCUUCCUCUACGUGCUCCACUUCUACCAGACGGGGAAGCUGCACGUCAUGGAGGAGCUGUGCGUCUUCUCCUUCUGCCAGGAGAUCGAGUACUGGGGCAUCAAUGAGUUCUUCCUGGACUCCUGCUGCAGCUACCGCUACCACGAGCGCAAGCUGGAGAGCCGGCACCACAACUGGGACGAGGAGAGCGAGGUCAGCAGCGUGGACACGUCCCCCGAUGAGAUCUCUGACAUCAACCACGACCUGCUGCGCUACAGCACGCUGCGCUGCGGCAACAUGCGCAAACGCCUCUGGCUCACCAUGGAGAACCCCGGCUACUCCAUCCCCAGCAAACUCUUCAGCUUCGUGUCCAUCAGUGUGGUGCUGGUUUCCAUAGCCACCAUGUGCAUCCACAGCAUGCCCGAGUACCAGCAGGUGGAUGAGAACGGCAAUGUGCUCGAUGAACCCGUCCUGCACAAGCUGGAGUAUUUCUGCAUCUCCUGGUUCACCUUUGAAGUGUCUUCCCGCCUCCUGCUCUCCCCCAACCCCAGCAAGUUCUUCAAGCACCCGCUGAACCUGAUUGACAUUGUCUCGGUGUUGCCCUUCUACUUCACCCUCUUGGUGGACGUGACCAUGGGCAGUGACUCGGAGCUGGGCAACCUGGGCAAGGUCGUGCAGGUGUUUCGGCUCAUGAGGAUAUUCCGGGUGCUGAAGCUGGCUCGGCACUCCACCGGACUGAGGUCGCUGGGGGCCACCUUAAAGCACAGCUACCGGGAGGUGGGGAUCCUGCUGCUCUACCUGGCCGUGGGGGUCUCCGUCUUCUCUGGUGUGGCCUACACCGCCGAGAAGGAGGAAGACGUCGGCUUUGACACCAUCCCAGCGUGCUGGUGGUGGGGCACGGUCAGCAUGACCACCGUGGGCUACGGCGACGUGGUGCCCGUCACCGUGGCGGGCAAGCUGGCUGCCUCGGGCUGCAUCCUGGGGGGCAUCCUGGUCGUGGCGCUGCCCAUCACCAUCAUCUUCAACAAGUUCUCCCACUUUUACCGCAAGCAGAAGGCGCUGGAGGCGGCCGUGAGGAACAGCGGGAAGAAAGACCCCGAGGACGCGGAGAGCAUGUCCAGCCACGACCGAGACUCAGAGGCUCUGAGCGAGUCCUCCCUGGGCAGAGGCAGCCCCGACCGCCGCGGUCUGACCCCUGGCGCCCACCCCACACCCUGACCCCACUGUGCCGUGGCACCGGGGCGCGCGUGGGACCUGCUCACUCGCCGUGAGCACGGCACGGCUGUUGCACCGGGACACGGCGGAGGAGCCGGGCUCUCCCCGUCUCGCACCGCGCCUGGCGUCAAACCCCCAGUGAAGGACAGGAGGGGUUGGAGGAGAUGCCCAGUGGGUGCCGGCUGCUUCCAGCCCCCGGGACGCAGUGGCCGGGUCCGCCUGGAUGUGUUUCAGCCCUCAGCCAGCGACAGCCAUGCUCCCCCAUGGCUGCAAACAGAGGCUGUGGGGCUGGACAUACCCCUGCCAGAAAGGGAGUGAGAAAAAAAGAAAUACAGGUGACCCCUCAUCAGGCACUGCCCCGGCUGUGUGAAGGGGGUGUUCCUCUGCCCCGAGGUUUUGUGUUAUCCAGGGUGAGGUUAAAUAGCUUGGGGGUGAGGCAGCGCCCGCCCAGGCUGGCUGCCCUUGCAGGUCCUGUGCCGGGUCGGCAUCAACUCCAGCCCCAACCUCGUCCUACCCUCAGCUGCAAACAGCCUCAAAAGGCUCGGCUGCCCCGCCGGCCAUGGGGUAAAGGGGGUUGGAAAUGAGUCAUAUGGGAGGAGAGGUGGUGUCCAGCUCAGUGUGAGCCUCACUGUCCCCAGCCCCUGCAGUGGGAUCGACUGGACCUCACCUUGCUUCCAUUGCAGUUGGGGUUCAGUUGCUUCCCUGCGCUGCCACCGCCAGGAGCCCCCAGGGAUCUGGAGCCGUGCCGGGAGUGUGGUACAGCCGCCAGCACUGUCCUUGAAGGGGGGACACCAGCCGGGGAUGACCAGGCAAAAGGGAUGCUGUCCUCCAAGGCAGGAGCAGCCGGACGGGAUCAAGCUGGGGGAACUGAGGGGCCACCCCUGGUGAGGCUCUUCCCCCCCCAAGCUUUUUGCUCCAUGGGGCUCCCAUGCUGUGGGGCAUUUAUUUUGGAGGAGCAGCUGCUCUCUGUGGCUGCUUGCACCCAGCCCCCGGGGCAGAGAGGAGGCUGAGUCCCUGCAAAGGGCUGUCAGGGAGCAGACACGGGGGGAUGCUCCUGGGUGUGGAGAAGCUGCCUUUGCCAUUGUCAUAUGCUCGUGAUUUCCACUGUGGGAAGAGCCGCCAGGGAGCCCAGGGGCUGCAGCAGCCCGUGAUGGGGUGGAGAUGACCAAAGCCAGCUGGGUUCGGCACAUACCCUGGUCCCCAUCACCACAACCCCCCAGCCUGGUUUCGUUCUACUGCCUCGUCCUUCCCUGCCUUGGGGCCAGGCAGGGGCAGGAGUGCUGUAAGGAAGGGAGUCACACUGCCCCAGGCAUCACCUCUGUCCCCGCAGGGAGCCGAGCUCCCGGGGUACCAAUGCACUCACCUUCCCUCUGCAGGGAGGGAGCACCCCCAUGUCCAGGGGAGAGCCGGGGCAGAGGGGACCUUGCGCUGCUCCUCAUCACCGCAGCCUCCGAGCACCUCACAGCCGGGCAGGGAGGUCCUCCUGGAGCGCCGGACCUCCUUCCCGCCCGGAUCCCCCACCCGGCUGAGCACGUUCAGGGCUGCUCCCAGCACAGCAUUAAUUCCCUGUGGAGUUUUUCCUUGACCCACAGUUCUCUGUUUGGAAAUCGCGCAGCUCCUUUGUGCACAGAGGAAUACACCCAGCAACGCCUGUUCCAAUCAGGAGAAAUGUGCACCCUGCAAUCACAUAAUUGGCUCAAAAAUAUGUUGAUGGCUGCAGGAUGGCCCCGGGCACCUGGUUGGUGAUGUUUGCCACCAGUUGUCCUAGCUGGCUUUCGGCACAGCUGCAGUUGCCGGUGCUGGCUCUGCCUGUAACAAUCUGCUGAUCAUGGGGAAGAAAAGACCAAUGCAGGUCCAGCCUUUCUGAACCCCAGUGGGACUCGGGGAGGGGUCCCCAAGAAACAGCGGUGCGGGAUGGGAGGGUGCUCACGCUCCUGGCGUCAUCGAGUCUUCCAGUAUCGACAGUUUGUGGUCUGCUCUGCGCUCAUUCUUACUGCGAGCUGGGACCAGUGAGCUACAUUGUCUGCUCUGACCAGCUCCCGCUGUUACUUGAAAUAAGGAAGGAGUUUCCCCUUCUGCCCAUAAAUAUUCCAGUAGCAAAAUGUAUUAAAAUGUGAAGACUAAAUUACAUGUAUCAAUUAAAAAGUAUUAUGCAAAUAAUUAAAAGAGCAUGUAAAUUAAUUUUCUAUCUAUGCAUGGGAUGCAUACUGUAUAUUUUAUUAAAGACCUAAGUGACCCACUUUGGAGGCUG